AUGCCACCGCUUGAUCGGCAGGUUCGAGUGUGCAUUUUAUACGAGUUCAAACUAGGAAAUGUUGCCAAUUUGGCGUUUUUGAAUGUCAAUCGAGCGUUCGGCGAAGGAACGGUCUCCAAUGCUAUUGUUCAUCGAUGGUUUGCUAGAUUCCAAGAAGGAGAUGAAGAUCUGGACACCGAACCAACCAAAGAGUUUGACAUCAAUGAUGAAACGAUCGAGGAGGAUCCAGUUGUUGUGGAAGCUCUCCUGUCAAAACAAUAUGGUGUCCCACCCGGCACGCUAUACACUCAUUUGGAUAGGAUGGGAAGAGGCGAAAGGUUGCAUGAACUAGAGCCGGAG